AUGUACAAGUCGGUCCCAGAGAAUUUUGAAGUUGGGAACACUGGUAGCUGUGAAACUAUUAGUUCAAGGAACUUGAUCAUUUCAUCUCUUAAGAACUCUGUUCAGGAACCCAUGCCGAGUGGAAACUUUAUGGAUACAGAGCUUCCACCUGAUCAGGAGGAGAACAGUGUGUCCAAAAUAAAACUGUCUAGUUCUCUACUGAAACCCAUAAUGACUGAACCGGCUAUAUUUACUGGUUCAGUUGGCCAAGCAGCAGAUUGUUUUGAGUUAAGCCAACAAAGUACAUCAAGUAUAACAGAAGUUGUUUCAUACUGCAAUGUUAACUGCCGGGAGCCACAGCUGCAAAUUCUCCAUGCAAAUCAUUAUUUGCAUGGAGAAUUUGCUGCAUCAGCAUCUGCUAGAGUUUCUCUUCAGGUGGCAAGCAAGAGAGGAUGUUUGUUAAAUGUAGCUGCUUCAAAUGCAACCAAAGGGGCUAUGAAGGCCCUUGCAGGAUUGCGUUCUGCAAAAAAGGGGGAAGGGAGUCUUCCUGGAAUUUCAGCAUAUGUAAUGUUCAUGGAAGAGAGUUUAGGCGGUCUAGUAGUUGGUCCCUUCCUUAAUGACGCUUUCAGGAAACGAUGGCGUAAACAGAUUGAACAUGCAACCACUUACAAUGCUGUAAAGACCCUUUUGCUUGAACUUGAGGAGAACAUACGCACUAUUGCUCUUUCUGGAGAUUGGGUGAAGCUUGUUGAAGGUUGUUCAACUGAAUCGUCUGCCUCUCAGAGUGCAGCCAGUGCUGCUGGAUCUACUCAGAAGCGUAGACCAAGGAGGCGUGGCAGGAAGCCAUCUGCUAUGGCUGAAGUUGCUAUUGAUUGCCAGGACUUGUUGAGUGAUUUCACUUGGUGGCGAGGAGGAACACUAUCAAAGUGUAUAUUCCAGAGAGGGAUUCUUCCACGUUCAAUGAUAAAAAAUGCAGCCCGGCAAGGUGGUUCAAAAACGAUACCAGGUAUUCAUUAUGUCGAAGGUCGUGAGACUCCCAAAAGAAGCAGGCAGCUUCUCUGGCGGUCAGCAGUUGAGAUGAUUAAGAAUGCAUCACAGCUUGCACUUCAGGUCAGAUACCUUGAUUUUCAUGUCAGAUGGAUUGAUCUUGUUCGUCCGGAACAGAUUCCCUUUGAUGGAAAAGGUCUAGAAACGGAAGCUUCUGCUUUUAAAAAUGCUUUUAUAUGUGGUCUCUGUCAAGAGCAAUGUGUUAAUAGUUCAACAGUUCUUGUGAACGAGGAAGUUGAGCUUUUGAUAACUUGCAAGCAAUGCUACCAGAUUCGGGCUCUAACUCGAACUGAAAUCUGUAAUGCGUCCCCUAGAAGUCCUUUACUUCAAGGACGAGAUGUUUUGAACACGGCCACGACUAAUAAACGCGAAAAGCAAGCGUCUAUAAUGGGUCAUCUGCAUCGGUCGGAACUGUGCAGCGUCUUCUUGAGAUUGAAGAACAUUCUUCUGAAAGGAAAUCCACAUAUGGACUUGACAAGACCUGAUUGUCGUCUUUGUAGUCAGCCAUAUAAUUCUGAUUUAAUAUCACCCAUAUGCCCGUACUUGCCUCCAGAAAAGAAGGUGGCAUUGGAGAAGAAGAUGAUGAAGAAGGUUCCAAAGCAGGAAAUAUCGGGAAUGGACUCUGAUUCCAUUAUAAUUUUUGCACAAGGUAAAGAGGAAGCUCUGCAUGUGCCUGCAGAUGAUCCUCUCUUUUGUCAUUCUGGAGUCGAGCAACUUACUGAGGAGUGA